GUCAGUUAGUGCUAGGUCUUGUGGUGUGGCUGUCGAUGGACGCACGCAUUCUAGUCGGCCACUUACCAUUACCAUUGCGCUACGUGUCAAUCAAUGUCCCUUGGUCCAUCUACCCACACGCACGCACAUGUCUACCCACAUCCACAUGUUCGCUAUCCAGCUGUCUGUCUAUCUAUCUGGGGGGCACAGCACUUCGUGCGCUGGUGGGCCGGCCAUCCCUGUCCCUGCCCCCUUCCCCGCCCCCUCCCCCUGUGUGUGUCGCGAUCGGCGGCAGUGCGCUGCCAGCCGCCUCGGCCUCUCUGACGCGAGGCUGGCUAGACAGGCCGUGGUGCUCGAAAUUCCGCACUAUCACAUCCAGCGAUAUCCGCACUGUGCCUGCACACACACACACACGCACACACACACACACGCACACACGUGUAGAGGGGGGGCGGGAGGGAGUUCUGUGUGUUUGUGUGUGUGUGCCUGUACGCACCCGAUGAGGCGGCGUAGAGCCGGGAGCGGUCCUUGGCGUGCUUGUCGAUGACCUCCAGCUGGGUCAGCUGAGGACGGCCGCCCACGUAGUGUGCUGAUAUGAUAUGAAUGACACACAAUCAUUAUUCCUGGGUGCGUGUGUGUGGCCUUCAGCAACGUUGUCAGUCAUCCACUGACCGUAGAGUUCCUCAGCGAACGUGCCGAGCGGCGUCCAUGUGUUGACGUCUACCUCAUAGUGGCCGGCCAGCGUCGGCAGACUCGACGUGCCGUACGACACUGCAGCCACAAACACACACAAACACACACGCACACAUCCAUGCAUGCCAGCCACAAAUGCCUGUUUGCUUCUCUCCACUGGUCGCGUACGUACCUACAAACACCCUCCCAAACUCGUCGAGCCGCCAGAUCUGCAGGCGCACCCUGGGCCAGCCCGCGAUGGAUGUGGUGGCAUAGUGCAGGUCAACAGGGUGGUUCCACACGUGAAUACUCUCAACCUCCACCACACACACACACAAUGCCUCCAUCCAUCCAUCCAUCCAUCCAUAUUGCGCCGUGUGAUUCCCUCGUCCAUCUUCCCUUCCUCGUCUUACGUCUGUGUAUGCCGUCUGCGUCUGCACGGGUCCCUCCCCCGCCCGGCUAAGCGGCAGCCAGUGCGGCCCCGCCUCCACGCUCAUCUCACAAAACACACCAUCGCUCGCCGGCACGCCGAAUCCCCACCCUCCCUCCAGUGAGCCGAUGAAGUGCACCUCGGCCGCACGGUCGCGGUCGGACCGAUGGCGGUGGGACUUGGCCGGAGAAAAGGAACCGCGGACGGCGGAGGCAGCCCCAGGAGUGGCGCUCAUCACGCUCGCGGCCAGAUCUA